GCCGUGGCAGAGUCGGGUGGAGGUGUUGCUGGCGUGGCUGGACCUCCCCGCUGAGCGGCGUCCGGCGUUCCUCAGCCUGUACGUGAACGAACCCGACAGCGCCGGUCACGACCACGGCCCUCACUCGGACGAAGUGGACGAGGCCCUGGAUCUGCUGGAAAUCAUGCUCGACCGACUUCUGGCGGGACUCCAGGAGCGCCGUCUACUGGGAUGCGUCAACUUGCUCAUCGUCUCCGAUCACGGUAUGGCGAGCACCAGUUGCGACCAAGUGAUCGCCCUGGAAAAGUUCGCUGACCUGGCCGGCUUCUACUCGCUGGUGGGUCCGACGGCACGGCUCCGGCCCAAGACACCCGGCCCCGAGGCAGUGGCCCAGCUGGUGGACACGCUUCGCUGCCAGAACAGCCACCUUCUCGUCUACGCCAAGGAGCGACUGCCCAAGCGCUACCACUAUUCCUCCCACCGGCGCAUUGAGCCCGUCGUGUUGGACAUGGACUCCGGCUACCUGGUACUCAACAAGGCGGCUGACAAGACGGCCGCCUCUUGCGAGGGAGGUUCGCACGGAUACGACAACCUCGCUCCCGGGAUGCAGUCCAUCUUCGUUGCCCACGGACCGGCCUUCAAGCAGAACGUGACGGCCAGACCUUUCCGCAACAUCGAGCUGUACGAGCUAAUGGCCGAGCUCAUGUCCAUCGAGCCCCGUCCCAACAACGGCACACGAGGAUCCCUGCACUACCUGCUCCGGAGACCGGCUCCCUUACCUGAACCGCCGAAGCUGAGGACACCGGCGACUUGCGUGCCGCCGCCUGACACUCCCGCGGACGAAGACGACGGCUGCAUGUGCAAAGGCGACCCCGUCCUCUCGGCAGGUCCCGAGGCCCUUGCUCUGCACACGCCCUGGGGAGCCCCGUCCAGCCCCGAUGGCGACGAGGCAGACGAUGGUCCGCCGUGCCUGCUGGUCAACCACGACUACGUGACGGCAUUCGACAAGGCCCUGCGACUGCCUCUGUGGACAUCGUUCACGCUAAGUGGGAGGCACGACCGAUAUAUCGCCAACGCUUGCUGGGAGCGUGACGCCAGACUGGGCGGAGCAGACCUCAGCUGCCGCGAGUACGAUUCCCUGGCCAACCAAUCACUCAUCAAGGAGCCCUUGUUUCCUGCCGAGUUUGCGUCGUCCCGCUCCCACCAGUCGGCGGUGUGGCUGCACUCGAACGCGCUGCCCUUCUUCUCCAACCACUCGGCCGGGGUUCGGCGGGAACUGCUCCACCUGGUGCGGCUCUGGGAGGCCCAGUACGGAUCGCUGCACCUGGUCAUGGGGCCGGCCUUCGACCUGGACGGGAACGGUCUCAGGCCCGCACUCCACAAACUCAGGGCGUCGUCCUCCCAGCAGCCUCUCGUGGCCACGCAUAUCUUCUGCUUGGCCACCCGCUGCGUCGCACCGGGAGUCCCCGUGCACGAGUGUCCGGGCCCCCAGCUCGACGUGUCCGCGUUCUUGCUGCCGCACCUGCCGAGGCCCGAGAACUGCCAGCCCUGGGCCCAGUACCUGGUUCAGCACUCGGCCACGGUUUCAGACCUGGAGCUGCUCACGGGGCUCCGCUUCUUUGCAAGGCUACCAGUCUACGAGGCCAUCCGAAUGCGCACACAUAUACCGCAAGGACUCUGGCCUGCUGCCUGAAUCAUUCACCAUCAGCUACUGUUUGAUUAGAAGUCCCACAUAUCAGCGAUUCGUCAGCUGAAAAGUCAGAACGAGGACAGGGCGCGUUUAAAGGUAGCGAUCAAUACGAAAACUAUUCUCUUCUGUUUGUACGCUUUGCAGUGAAGUCAGGAGUUCCAAAGGGCGUUUAGUUUGUGCAUUUGUUUCCAAGAUAUAUUUGGUAUUGGGUUUGGGACGUUUAUGGCACUGUUGAGUUUUAGACACACAGAAAGGCAAAUCACAGUAAUAUAGUGAAUUAAUUAGCAAGUCCAUUUUCAUAACGAGUUGCAUUUAUAUUGCAGCUAGGUCACUUGGAAGAGUGAAGGAGUGAAUGAACAACUGUUGUUGCACACCAAGAGAAAGCUUAGACGCCACAAGUUCCUAUUUUACAUCUGCCGGUUUUGAUUUGAGCAGGAGAUAUGCCAGAGUUGAUAACGACCCAAGAGCUUUUGCUUGAAACAAUUGUAUGGUUAAAAGAGUUUGAAGCUUGUUAAUGGGAAACCUGCUUUGUAUAGGUCUUCAGGUCAUGAGCAUGCUUUCUAGAUCCUGCAAACUAUUGGUUUUGUUCUUAUUCUAGUUAUUUCAUAUAUUGCAGGCUUCGCUAGCACCCGGGCAGGUGUGCACAAACACAAAUGAAACGACAUGGCAAAAGGUUGCGCACAUUCAAUACAAAAGUUCAGCAAUAACAAAUAUAAGAAAAUUAAUUCAAACGGGUAAGUCUGUAAACUCAUUAAACUUUGACAAAAACGACGAUGGCGAUGAGCUGUCAUCAAUUUUUCUCGGCGGGCAAAUCUCUUUUGUGAUGAUUCUUGGAGAAGAGUAUCUAAAAUAUUAUUUUUAAUGCGGUGAUGUUUGUUUAAUCGCUCCACCGUGAUUAAACCGAGCAGUCUGACGUAAAACAGGGAGUGCGAAGAGUCAAUCUUUAAAUGUCCGUAAUAAAAUAAGUAAAAAAAAAAAAAAACUCGCGUUACAGAUGUUUCAGCAUGAUGUUAGUGAGUACAGUUCAAAUGAAAUUUUCAUCUGUAGCGGGCUGUCUAUCCAGCUGCAUCUGUUACAAAUAAAUCUUGCGGCUAGUCA